AUGCCUGGACGGGUGAAUCUCACCCACGGCACCUUUGGCGCUGGCUGGGUUUGGAGAACGGCGUUUAGGCUGGCAGGCAUCAGUGCGACAGUGUCCAACAGCGCGGCAUGCUCUAUUUCUGCCUUUGCCAUGCCAUGCCUCUUUCACUCUCUUUUCGUUGUUGGCAAUGAAGCUGCCAAAAACUCCGAUCAUAUCGGCCGUGAAGCUUGCAGAAGUUGCAAUGGCCGCAAAGAGCGCCACGUCACGCUUCAUUCUACGAGAAAACUCAGGACUGCCUGGGUUGGCCCGGCAGAGAACUUCAUGCUGAAGCUGGCAGAUUGUGAGCAUCCAGAGAAAUACAAAGACACUGGCGAUGUGGCUUGA